CUCCAAUCCAGUAGGAGGGACAAGCUGGUUUGUUGCAGACGAAGCCGAAACAGAAGAAGAAGAGAACAAGCAGCUGAUUGCGAUUGACACAAUGAGGUUCCGAUUUUGUGGCGAUUUGGACUGUCCUGACUGGGUCCUUGCAGAAAUAAGUACCUUAGCUAGAAUAUCUAGCGUCAAGAUGAAACUUCUAUGCGUGCAAGUUGUUAAAGAUCUGCUUGAUGAAGGCAUUGACUAUGACAAAGUCUCAAAACUGACAUCAGAUGCCAAAUUUGAUAGUGGAGAUAUUAAAGCCUGCAUAGCUGUGCUGAGUUUCAUUCUGUCCAGUGCUGCGAAGCAUGAUGUGGACAGUGAAUCUCUUUCCAGUGAACUACAGCAGCUUGGCCUGCCUAAAGAACACACCACAGGAUUGUGUAAAUCAUAUGAGGAUAAGCAUAGUGCUCUACAGGAAAAGCUGAGGGAGAGCAGCCUACGUUUGGGUCGUCUGCAAACAGUGAACUGGCGGGUUGAUUACACCCUCAGCUCCAGUGAACUAAAGCAAGUGAAUGAACCUACAGUGCAGCUGAGACUUCAGGCUCAGGACCCCCUGACAGACUCCUCAGAGACCACCGUGGUCUCCAUCUCUGCUGACAAGUUCAGAGUACUGCUAACAGAACUCAAACAAGCUCAGAAUAUGAUGAAUGUGCUACAGUGAAACACUUGCACAGAAUCUUUCUGUAUGUAUAAAUAAUAUUGUGAUUUUUAUAAAAAGAAGAUAAAUGUUUUUUUAAUGUAAAGUUUUUUUCUCUCAUCACUUUAACCCUCUCUCAUAACAGCUAUAUAUAUAUAUAUAUUAC